AUCACACUGAUGUUCAGUUAAACCACUGCUUGUCUGUCCGUGCCUGUUAGUCCACAAAUAUGAGCAAGGCUGUGGUUUUCCUCUUCGUCAUAGGUCUUAUGAUCUCCGUAGUGACAGCCUGGUGGUCGACAGACUCACCUCUUCGGUUUCCAGACGACUGUAACAGCGAAGCCUUGCGGACCUUUGCGACCAACUGCGGGCUCUCGGAGCACUCCAUGGGGAACCACUACAUCCUGAGGGAUCCAAAGAGCAAUGACAUCAACAACAUCGUCAUAGUGAUACCAGAUGACUUGCGAGAUUUCGGCACGUGCGAGAAGAUCGUUCGAGAUCUCAAUGAGAGAUGCAAUAAGGAUUACUUUGACUACUAACGCUAUGUUAACAUCAACCUUGGCUUUUUACGUUUCUUCGUCGUUAUACUCUUCGAUCAGCUUUUUAUUAAGAACUGUAUUUCAGUGGUUUAAAUUAUUACAUUCGUACAAUUGUUUAUCAAAUACGAUACAAUACUUUAGUGUGUUCUAAAGACAAACUAUUUUAACAAACAUUCAGGGAAUUGUUCGUGCUCAAAAAGUAUUUUCUAAACAAAAGUCCAAUAAUUGCGCAAAGUGGUGUCCCUGAUUAGCCUGUUUGGACUGCUCAGAUUAUUUAUUACGACGCUUUACGCACAUGCGUUAAGCCCAGUUUUUCAAGAUUGCUCUUAAUUUAAACAAAACGAAUCGAUUGGUUUCAGACUGAGACCAGGAGCUGUAAACUUUUAUUUGCCGUAAAUAUCUGUAAAUUCCUAAACUGUGGUUUAUGUAUUUAAGGCCGCUUCUGUUAAUAAAUAUUAUCGUCUCGAACUUUUUGUAUUUGUUAAAUGAACAUACUUUGUCUGUGGAAAGUGUUGCAAAAUACACUCACAUUUGAGGCUUUUUAUACUUUGUAUACGAUGUACUGCGGUCUACAUUGCAGAUAUAAUAACAUAAAGAAAAUUA